GCCCCCAGGCGGCACUCCGCUCGGCCCAAGAUGGCGGCGUCCGUGUGCGGCCGGGGGCUACGGCCGCUGGUGCUGUCGUGGAGCCGGGAGCUGCCCUGCGCCUGGCGCGCCUUGCACACCUCCGCGGUCUGCGCCAAGAACCGGGCGGCCCGAGUCCGAGUGAGCAAGGGGGAUAAGCCAGUGACCUAUGAGGAGGCGCACGCGCCUCACUACAUCGCGCACCGCAAGGGCUGGCUGUCGCUGCACACAGGUAACCUGGACGGGGAGGACCAUGCUGCAGAGAGAACGGUGGAAGAUGUUUUCCUGCGCAAAUUUAUGCUGGGCACCUUCCCAGGCUGCCUGGCUGACCAGCUUGUUCUGAAGCGCCGGGCUAACCAGCUGGAGAUCUGUGCCCUGGUCCUGAGGCAGCUGCCCCCACACAAGUUCUACUUCCUUGUGGGCUACAGUGAGACUCUGCUGUCCCACUUUUACAAGUGUCCUGUGCAUCUGCACCUCCAGACUGUGCCCUCGAAAGUUGUGUAUAAGUAUAUCUAGGACGACGGCCCUUUUUGCAUCAAGCUCUAGCCUGCAGAAGAAAUCUGUGAAAAAGGACUGAAGUGAAACAGAGGAAAUUCAUCCCCUCGGGUUACUGAAGCUUUGUCUUCAAAGUUGCUGUUGAAUAAAUAGACUCUCCUUGU